CCGCCCCCUCCCUGCCUGCGCUGCUUCGCUUCUUCCUUUCUACCGCCAAAACUCUCUCCUCCUCUCUUCCUGUUGCCAUGCCCACCCAUAGCGAUCACUGCCUCUCCCUCCUUGCCUCCCUCCACCGCCGUGGCUUGCCCUCUGUCGCCCUCUCCGUUCGUUAUGCCUCCUCAUCAGGCCUAGGCCUCCCCGUGGACCCUGCCCGCCUCCUCCGCCGUGGCUUUCCCUCUGUCGCCCUAUACGUCCGCUAUGCCUCCUCAUCAGGCCUAGGCCUCCCUGUGGACCCUGCCCGCCUCCUCCGCCGUGGCUUUCCCUCUGAAGUCCUCUCCGUCCGCUAUACCUCUUCGUCUAUCUCCGACCCAUUCCUUCUUGACUCAAUGAUCCUAUGCUACUGCGAGCUCCGAGACCUUCCCCGGGCCCAAUUCCUUUUUGAUUCCAUCAUAAAGCUCGGAACUUUGCCCAGUUUAGCCUCAUACGGCGCGUUACUUCGGCUAUUGUGUGUCAAAGAGCAGUUGUCGCACGCUCUGUCACUGUUUUUCUGCAUGGGGGGAUAUGGUGUUCUCCCGCCCGAGUCCUCUUAUCACGUUUUGAUUCCUCGGUUGUGCUCCAAGGGUUACCUGAAUGAAGCAUGCUUCCUGUUUGAUGUAAUGCUUGCUGAUGGCAUCCGACCUUCUCUCUCUUUGUUGAAGUCUUUGGCCUAUGGGUUUUGCAAAGGGCAGAGAAUGUUGGAAGCCGAGCGAGUUUGUAGGCUCAUGAAGUCGCAUGGGUUCUUUUUGGAUCGUAGCUUGUGCGCGGCGAUGAUUCAUGGGUACUGCAGGGAAAGAAGGAUAAAUUUGGCUUAUGAUCUUUUUAAGGAAUUGAUUGUCUGUGAACCAGAUGUAUACUUGUUUAAUACAAUGAUCUAUGAGCUCUUGAAGUUUAAUGUUGUUGAUGGGGGUUGGGAGUUGUUCCGUGCAAUGGUGAGAUGUGGCCUCAAGCCAAAUGUGGUUACUUUUAAUAUGAUGAUCAGCCGGUACUGCAAAAACUCUAAUGUGGAUUUUGCUUUGAGGCUUCUUGACACAAUGAAGAGUUAUGGUUUGACCCCAAAUCUGCAUCACUAUACUGCAGUGAUGACCGCACUUUGCAAGGCGAAGAGAUUCGAGGAGGUGGAUAAGUUGUUUGAUUGUGCGACAGAAUUAUUUAACCAGAUGAAUAGGGAUGGAUGCAUUGCUGAUAAUGUUACUUUUGAUACACUUAUUAAAGGUUAUUCUAUUGCUGAAAGAGGGAUGGAGGCAUUAUCUCUUUUUCCCGUGAUGCGAAAGAGAGGGUUUUUCCCUAGCAAAUUUUCUUGUCAUAGAUUACUUGACUGCUUUUGUCAAAGUCAUGCUAGCGAUCUUGCAUUUAGGCUAUUUGAGGAAAUGGUCUCACAUGGCUAUACACCACAGCAUGAUAAAUAUAACAAAUUGCUCCUCAUGCUCUUGGAAGAGGAAAGUUUGCAGGCUGCUUACAAAACCUUCGACAUGAUGCUUAAGAGAGGAAAAACUCCAGAUAAUGAGACAAAGAAACAGCUGCUCAAUAUUUGUUAUAAGCAUGGAGAAUAUGAUCUGGCUUUUAAGAUUGACAAAAAUAUACCAGUAUAUGAGUGAGUAAGGGGUUGUUUGGAUUGGCUUUUAAAAAAAGUGCUUUUUUUUAAUUUUGUAGAAGCACUUUUAGAAUAAGUUAAGUGCUUAUGCAUAUUUUUCGUUUGGAUGUAUUAGUUUCAGAAACACUUCUGUAGUUGUAAAAAUGUUUGAAUGUUUAUUUAAAAAUUACUUUUACAGCAAAAAAUUACUAAAAUACCUUUUUACUAGAUUGACUGAGGGCAUUUUAGUAAAUACACUUAACCAAAUAACUUAUCAAAAACAGUUUAUUUCCAUAAGCUAGUCUUUGGCAGCUUAUAAAAUAAACUGUAUUUGAGCUUAUUUCACAGCUUGAGCUUAUUCAAAAAAACCCAUCCAAACACAAUAUAAAAUCUCAUAAGCACUUAACUUAUAAAAUAAGUGCUUUUGGGUCAGCUAUAAGCUGAUCCAAACAACACCUAAUGCUUUCUGUAACUCAAAAAUUCAGUUGUUGAUGGAUGAUGCAUGCCAGUCCCUCAGAUAAAUUCUCCUCUCUGGGCAGGUAAAUAUUUCUUUUUCUUUAAUUUGCAUGCCUUCCUGGAACUGGAAGCCAUAUAAAUAGAAAUAUCCUUUUGAUGAGUUUACUAUUCCUAAUGAAGCAUAUAUGUUUUACUUGAAGGGUUCUGCCUGAAGGUUGAGCACCCAGAUGCCUCUUUUUUGUGCUAUCGGUGGAGAGUCAGGGACUUGACCUCUGUUACUUCAAAAAAUCUUAUUAAACACUAGCAUAGUCUUCAAUUCUUAAUGCAGGCUACUCAAACAGCAUUGUUUUAAGCCAGCUUGUAAUAAAGGAUUCUGAAAUGACAGA